AUGGACGGUGGUGGGUACGUUCAAGUUCAGAUGGAUUUUCUGGAGGCGUGUAGUGCUGGUGAUAUUAAGAAGACCACAGCUCUGUUGUCGUCCGGCUAUAUCGAUUCGAAUUUUCAUCAUCACGUCAACGGAUGGUCAGUCUCUUUUGUUCACCAUAUUUUGUAUUCAAUCAUUUCUUUGAAUUUUUCCUUUGAAAUCUCAUCAAAAUCUCAAAAAUUUAUCUACGUUGUAUACGUUUGGACUUAG